GAUUACUGAAAUAAGCAACAGUGUGCGACGACUAGCCUAUGAAAGUGCUCAUUUCCCGUUCAUCGACUCUGUCAGUGACUAACAAGAAACCACUUCAAGUGAAGAGCAUCCCAGAACAUCUAUACGCAAAUACGGUUUAGCAGCAUCAGUGCAAAUCUAUUGGCUCAAUACAGAGGAAUUUGUAUGUUUGCUGCAACUUGCAAAACGACACCAUAGCCUGUCUGCUAGGCUAGUCACAGCACAUAUUAGUACUAUUGUAGUGAUUUAGCUUGGUAGCUAGGGAGGGAUAGCUGCUUCUCUAGUCAAGUGUAACCUUGAAUGUGAGUUCUUGUGUCGAUUAUCGUGAAGAUAAUCUAUCAGGCAUAAUGACUACUUUGGACAGCCUCUCAUAGACUUGAAGUGUUUACAUAAGGUCUGACAUGGAAAUACCCUGGAUCGUGUCAAACAGGAAGUAAAACAGGCCCGUCUCGUCAUCCUUCCUCCGUUACCCUGGGCAACGAUGGACACCACGCCAGAGGAGGAGCCCAACCCAGCUGCCGUGGCAACGGCCAAAGCAGACGCCCAGAGUCCGCAGAGCGAGGCAGUGACCAAUGAACUGCAAGAGCUGUCGCUUCAGCCCGCCCCCAACCUUCUGCCCCUCAAGGACAGGAAGAAUGUUCUCCAGCUCAAGCUGCAGCAGAGACGGACUCGAGAGGAGCUGGUGAGCCAGGGGAUCAUGCCACCACUGAAAAGUCCAGCUGCCUUCCACGAACAGAGACGGAGUCUAGAGCGCGCUCGGACUGAAGACUACCUGAAGAGGAAGAUUCGCAGCCGGCCAGAGAGGGCGGAGCUGGUCAGGAUGCACAUUCUGGAAGAGACAUCAGCCGAACCGUCUCUCCAGGCCAAACAGCUGCAGCUGAAGCGGGCGCGUCUGGCUGACGACCUGAACGAUAAGAUCUCCCACCGGCCGGGACCCAUGGAGCUCAUCCACAAGAACAUCCUGCCUGUGCACAGCAGCCUCAAGCAGGUCCUCAUAGAGACGGAGUUCUCCAGGGUCAUAGGUGAAAGUUCCUCUUUCGAUGAAGACAGCAGUGAUGCACUCUCUCCAGACCAGCCAGUCAAUCAGGACUCUCCACUGGGCAGCGUCCCCCUGCCCUCUCCUCCAGACGUCCUGGCCAAUCACAACGCCUCCCCAACUGAGUUUCUAUUGCAGGUCCCUCCCCCUCCCCCUCCACUCCCCAUCAUCUCUGGCCCCUCCCCUUCUCAGAAGCUGACCAAUGGGACAGUAGCUCAGAGGCCCUCAGGACUUGUGAAGGCCAAAGCCACGUCGGACCGCCCGCCCCAGCGGCCCAAGAAGCCCAAGGAGAGCAAGCCCAAGGUGAAGAAGCUCAAGUACCACCAGUACAUCCCGCCGGACCAGAAGGCGGAGCGCGAGCCGCCGCCCCAGCUGGACUCCACCUACGCCAAGAUCCUGCACCAGCAGCAGCUCUUCCUGCAGCUGCAGAUCAUCAGCCAGCAGCAGCAGCACUACAACUACCACACCAUCCUGCCCGCGCCGCCCAAACCCCCAGCCGAGCAGCUGCCUUCCGCAGCCACGAUCACCUCCCCCACCACCACCGGUCCCUCUCCAUCAAGAACGGUCCCUCCCACGUCCAACUCCUCCAAUCAGAGCGGGUCCAACCGGCAGGCCAGCCAGGGGGGCAAACCCGGAUGCCUCCCCCCGAACCUGGAUGAGUUCAAGGUGGCCGAGCUGAAGCAGGAGCUCAAGCUGCGCGGCCUGCCCGUCUCGGGCACCAAGAACGACCUGAUCGAGCGGCUGCGGAACUACCAGGAGCAGCACGGAGGGGGCGCCGCCCUCAAAACCCAGCUGCAGUUCCAGCAGCCCGCGAUGGCACAACAGCAGCAGCAGCAGCAGGUCUGCACCCCCUCGCCCGUCCUCGCCAGCGCCAGCGGCGCCCACAUGCUGCACCCGGCGGGCGACGGCAGCGGCGUGGUCUUGGCCACGUUCCCGUUCGUGGCGGCGGCGGCGGCGCUGGCCUCGGGCGGCGGGCAGGGCUCGGCGCCACAGCAUCACCACCAUCACCACGUCAUGCACUUCGGCAGCACCAGCUCGUCCCCGCCCAUCUCGCCCGCCCCCUCGGAGCGCUCGCUGGCCGGCAUGAGCCCGGACGAGGCCAGCUGCAACGGAGACGCCUUCGGAGAGAUGGUGAGCUCUCCUCUCACCCAGCUGAGUCUGCAGCCGUCUCCGCCGCAGCACCAGGUGAAGGAGGAGUCGUCGCUGGCGGGCCCCGCGCCCUGCCGCUUCUCCCAGCCGCCCAAGCAGCAGCAGCAGCAGCGGGCAGCGCCCCAGCGCCACCACCAACCCCACCCCCACCCCCACCAGCACCCCCUGCUGGACAAGGACCGCAUGCUGCUGGAGAAGGACAAGCAGAUCGAGGAGCUGACGCGCAUGCUGCUGCAGAAGCAGCGGCUGGUGGAGACCCUGCGCCUGCAGCUGGAGAUGGGCAAGCAGGCGGGCACGGCGGCGCCGGCGACAAUAACGAUGGCCGACGAGACCAUCUCCCAGCUGGCGGGCGGCAUCGUGCGGGUGAAGGAGGAGCCGCCUGACGUGCCCGCCUACCACCACUGCCUCUCGCCCGUGGACGCCAUCCGCGUCACCGUCAAGGAGGAGGAGGACGAGGACGGCGGCGCCGAGGAGGAGAGGCGCGAGGAGAUGGACGUCGCGGCGGAGAACGGCAACAGCAACAACGGCGGCAUCAACGGCGGCGGCGGCGGCAGUGACUUUUUCCAGAUGUCGCCGGAGCAGCGCGAGGCGUCUGCGCAGCAGCAGAGAGAUGCCGUGCAGGCGCAGCUGGAGCUGCUGAGGCUGCAGCAGGCGCAGAAGCUGAAGCUCAAGCAGCUGCAGAUGGCCCAGCAGCAGCAGCAGCAGCAGACACAGCAGCAGCAGCAGCAGCAGAAGAUGGUGCUGCAGCACAACCAGACCAACCUGCAGAAGAGGGCCCAGCAGAGGAAGAGGAAGCCUCAGAAGCUGCAGCAGCAGCAGCACACCCUCACUCAACAACAACAACAACAACAACAACAACAACAACAACAGCAACAACAACAACAGCAACAACAGCAACAACAACAACAGCAGCAGCAGACUCAGUUGUCCUCACAACAGAUUUCUCAGGUGUUUAUAAAUCAGCAGGCGGUCUCCACCUCCUCCUUUCCACUGGAUAUCCUCAAGAAUCAUCCCGCCCCCACCCUGGUGAAAGACAGCAACGGCAACCACUUCCUGAUAUCGUUGACCAAUCACAACAUAGAGAGCCAAGGGAACGAUUCCACUCAAGGCAAAAUGGCCAAUGAGAUCACGUUGCAGAGGUUACAAUCUACGCCUGCCAAGCUUCCCAGCCAGUCAUCCCCGCAAGCAUCCCACAGUACCUCCCAAUCAAAGAAGUCUAGUCGAACAGGCGCCCAGAACCAGCCAACCAGAAAGGGACUCAAGACAGGAAUGCAGGUGUCAACCAAUCAGGCGCCGGGGGCUACGACACCCCUGUCUGCUCCACCCAAUCUGCAGCCGUUCUUCCCCAGCACUGACUCCACCCCCUCUCCAAACCCCACCCCCUCACCACCCGUCCACAUGGAGAACGGCUCCACUCAGCAGAUGGAUGAUCUGUUUGACAUCCUGAUUCAGAGCGGAGAAAUUUCGGCCAACUUUAAGCCAGACCCAGACCUCGCCCUGGCCAGACUAAAGGUGGACAGCCCCUCCCCUUCCUCCCCAGACGCCCAUAUCCAGCUGUCUCCUGCCACCCCUCAGACGCCCGACACGCCCCCUCAGAUCCAAGACGCCCUCAGCUCGGACGUCCCCGUCGGCAGCCCGGAGCACGGCGGUGGUGGCGGCGGCGGGCACAGCGAGUCGUCGGCGGUGGCGGCGGAGGGGCGCCUGGAGGACUUCCUGGAGUCCAGCACGGGCACGCCGCUGCUGGGCGCCGAACCCGGCGGUCCGCUGACGCUCAUCGACGAGCUGCACAGCCAGAUGCUCAGCACGUCCAGCAUCCUGGACCACCAGCCCUCGCCCAUGGACACCUUCGAGCUGGGCUACAGCGCGCCCGCCACAGGCCUGGACUUCGCCGACGCCGCUCUGGACACCAUGGACUGGCUGGACAUCACCAUGGGCGGUGGCGGCGGCGGCGGCAACAGCGGCAGCGGAGGAGGGGACACGAGCCCGGCCCACGGCACCAGUCUGCCCGUGGCGCCGCCCGGACCGCCCGUGCCCACCAGCAUCUUCUCGGCGGACUUCCUGGACACCUCGGACCUGCAGCUGCACUGGGACUCCUGCUUAUAGUGCCCGGUGUCCCUCGGGACGGACAGGCACAGACGGACACGAUAUGCGCUUUUUACACGCGCAGCACUAGCUCUUAUGCAAACUCACACUCUCACACACACACACACACACACACACACACACACACACCGCCCACGCACACGCUUGUACAGGCGCUCUUGUCUCCCUCCUCCCUCAGCCUUCAGUCAGCUUCAGAUGUCAGAGUAGUUUUUCGAGGCAUCUCCAACUUUGAAUGUCAGACACUUGCUGUUGUGUUACAAAAUGGCUUCUCAGACUAGUGUUGGUGGUAUCACAGUUCACAGUAAGCUGAGGGAUCGCUGUCUUUACUGAUACCUCCGCCAUGCCAAAACUCCAGCACUAAAUUCCUUUAUACGGAAUAAAAGUGUUUUUUAUUUUUGCUAUAUCAAUUGAAAUGUGAAAUGUUCAGCUUCAAGAACAUCCUGAGUUCUCUUAAUCUGUAUCUUGUAUAAAUGAAGAAGUGCUCACCUUGAUAAGUGCCAUAUGCUGUAAGACAAACAAAACAAAAACAUCCAUUUUAAAAUGGGUUGAAUAGCUAGCAUUAGCAUCCUUGUUAGCAUUACCUGUAGUGAAUGUGUAAAAGGUAGACACUCAGGUGUAACAGUCCCAUGAUCACGCCACAGCCUGUGCAGGAGGACUGCUGAAGAAGGUCAGAUAACUGAGGGGAUGGUCCCCACAAUCUUUUUAUUUUUUGGAUUUAUGGAAAAUGUGUUUUCUUGCUAUAUCAUGUAUAUAUGGGUAAGCGAUUAAGUUUUAAUUGAGUUUUUAUUGGCUCUUUAUUGUUACAUUGAUUUUAUUUUGUCCUUUUUAAUAUGUAGUUACACAUACAGUGAGAAGCACUUCAUCUUGACUCGUAGAGGAUUUAACCAGAGAAACAGAGGCUCCCUUGAGUCUUUGUUCGCCAACACAAUGCUGUGCAUCACUUUGGUGAAACCUGCUGAACGGUAUGAUUCUAGAACCUUCUCUUUGCUCAGCCUCGUUUUACUCUAAUAAGCACUGUCAACACAGGACUCCCGUGUCUCCUUACUAAGACAAUAGGUGUCAUCCAAUUCUCGCAUAUAGCUUAUCAUCGUACGUUUUUAUGCCUUAAGAUCCGGUGACAAUAUGGCGUGUCCAAUGAAGUGAGAUUCCCGGUGAGCUUGCCAAUGUCAGCUCUGUGUUGAAACUUGACAGCACCUGCAGCUCCUGUCGACUCAGCAGGUGUGAAACAUCACAGAACGUGUCGUGUUUGACACCUGAGCAGUCAAUGACUUCGCCACGCUCUUCACUUUUAAUCUUAGGUAUGAACCAAGCGUCAACGACAUGCUUGUCUUAAUAUUUUUUUAAAAAAAUAUGUAUUCUGUAUGUACUGUAUGUAUCCGACAGCUAUAGACAAUGUAAUGCCUUUUGAUAGGAACACUUCAAAGCGUUUUUUUAGCAGUGUUUGUCGUUGCACGGUGCCACACAGGAAGUGCUUGCUAGGGAGAGACUGAUCAAGGCAGCUGAUUAUGGCAGCUCUGCAAACAGAGGUCAAGGUAGCUGCUGGUCUCGCCAGGGUUCUGGAAGGAUCUGCGGAUGAGUGUUCUAACAGCUGUCCAACGCAGUCGGACUCCCGACCAUCUCCUAGCGCACUUCCAGCACGCACAGCUUCCUUUGUUCAUCACACACACACUCACGCACGUACACACACACACACACACACACACACACACACACACACACACACACACUCAUCCACACACACACACACAAUCACACACACACACACACACACACACACACACACACAUCCACUUACACCCACGUACACAGACUGAACAGCACCACUUGCAUGUAUUUCAAAAUGUUAAUAUAGAGGAAUGGGAGACAGACACGUACACCCUGUUUUUGAAGGGGAAAUGUGAGCGAGUUGUGUAUUAUUUUUGUGUGUGUGUGUGUGAGAGAGAGAAAGAGAGAGUGUGUGUGUAUGUGUGUGUGUGUGUGUGUGUAUGUAUGUGUGUGUGUGUGUGUGUGUGUGUGUGUGUGUGUGUGUGUGUGUGUGUGUGUGUGUGUGUGUGAAAGAGAGUGUCUGUGUGUGUGUUUAUGUGUGUCUGUUUGGAGGGCACAGUAUCGUGGUCUCAUUUUUUCUCUUUGACUUUGCACUUGAAAUUGGUGGCGCAGGUGCCUUUUCAAGCCCCCAUCCCACCCUUCUAUUGGACUAUAAGUUCGGAAGGGUCAUCAUGACACAAUAUGCUUCAUUCUCAUUGGCUGUACAGGACAUUUGUGGGUGGGGCUUAAGGCUGGGGGUGGGACUGCUAUUUCUGGGGGCUUCACAUGCACUGAGACAUUAGUUUAAUUCUUUUCUCUGUUAUCUGCUUUCUUUUAUUUUUUAGAAAAGACAAAAAAAGACACUUGAAAAUAAAAUGUUG